AUGGCAACAUCAAAAAAGAAGGAAAAGAAAAAACAGCCGGUGCCAUUGAACGUUUUUCUGGCAAAUAAUGCAGAAAAUAAUUCUGUACCAAAACUUGUGACCGUUAAAAAAGAAACAUGGUCCGAUAUUGUUGAUCAAGGAGAAGCAGAUGUUGAAAUUGUUGAUAUCAGUAGACUGCCAACAGCACCAAGAGGUUCAACUGAAGUCGAUCUCAGUGAAGUGCCCAAAGAUCCGCCGUUUACCGUGCAUGUUGGCAAUUUAUCAUUUGAAAUAGGCGACGAUAGUUUGAAAAAAAUAUUUGGAGACUUACAACCAAAAUCAGCUCGUGUUAUUAAGGAGGGUAAUCGUUCUCGUGGUUCAGGAUUUGUUGAAUUUGAAACACGUGACGCAUUAAUUGAAGCAUUAAAACGAAACGAUAAAGAAUAUUUUAGUAGAAAAAUCCGAGUGUCUUUAUCAGAAAAAAAUGAUCAAGCCGAUGGUAGAGGUGGAUUUCCACGUGGUGGUAAUCGAGAGGAAAGGCCAGAAAAUACAAAAAUGAAUGAAACCUGGCAGAGAGCGACUCGAACAGAAGAACCUCGAAAUGAUGAUAGAAACCGUGAUGACGAUCGAAGACCUCAAGAGAGAUCAAGUGGGGGAUGGGGGCGAGAUGAUAAUCGUCAGCGUGAUAAUCAUGGAGAUCGCCAUGGAUAUUCUUCGUAUCAACGUAAAGAUAAUGAUCGACGUGAUGAUCGACGUGAUGAUCGACCACCGUUGGAUAGACCAAAAUACGCUGGUCGACAUAGUGAUUCAAGAGUGUUGGUGGAUAGACGACCCAGUGGUGAUGACCCCGAACGUGAAAUUCCUAAAGAACGUCCAAAGUUGAAUUUACAACCGCGUACAAAACCAUUACAAGAAUCGGAAAAUUUAUCGGCUUCUGCUUCGUCUAUAAACGCAUCUGGUCUCAAUACCACAAAUGCAACCGACGACACAAAUUUAACAUCAUCUCCCGGUGAUAUCGUUCAAGAACAUGAAUCAGAAGAAUCUAGACAAGAAGAACAGGAAUCAGCAGCAGAACAUGUUAAUACUAACGAACAACAUCAGACAUCUUCGGCUAGUCGUGGUGCAUCAAUAUUUGGUGCCGCUAAACCAGUUGAUACAACUGCUAAAGAACUUGAAAUUGAACGAAAAUUAAAGGAAACACAAUUGACAUCAGCUGCGGAACGAGAUCCAGAUGAAACCAAGAUUCGACCAAGAUAUCGUGGAAACCAAUCAUUACAUUCUGAUGAUUAUCGAGAUCGACAUGGUGGUACAGAUAAUAAAUAUUUAAAUCAAUUUUUUUUAUAUAGUCAGAAAAGUCGCGGCGAUUAUGAUCGUCAAUCUCAGCGUGAGUGGUCGGGCGGUCGGCAGUAUGAAAAUAAUAAUCGCCGUCAAACAAGUGAUUAUGAUCGAAAUAGAGAUGGCGGGGAUCGAGAGAGAACGAACAAUCAGCGAGAGGACAGAGACCGUGAUCAACCGUCUCAUGGUGGAGGAAAUUACUCUUCGAGAGAAGAUCGAGGUAGUGAUAGAGGUGGUGACCGAUCGUCGUACAAUAAUCGUUCGCAAUAUAACAAUAAUGAUCGAAAUCAAUAUCGAGAUAAUAACAAUCGAAAUGAUCGAGAUCGAGGUUACAACAACAAUGAGAGAAAUAAUUAUUCAAGAAAUGAUGAUAGAAGAAAAGAGGGUGGUGCAGAAGAUCGAAAUUGGAAUGUUGCAAGACAAGCAGGUCCUUCAAGAGAAACUUAUGGUAACGAAACAAGUGCUCGGUAUUCCGAUGAACACAGCCGUCAUCCACAGUCGUCAUCCGGUGAACUAUCGCGUAAUCGUGGCGCAUCUAAUAAUAAUAGUAGUGCGGGUGGAUCCGAUUCGUCAGGGCAUCCCAGAUUUAGUAAACCUCGACAAAUGACAGCAGCAGAUGCAGAGACGAAUCGAUUACAAUUAUCGAAUAAAUUUGGUUUAUUAGAUGAAGAUGCGGAUGCUGCACCGAUAUCUGAUGAAGAUGAUGAUAACGAUACAAACGAACAUCAAAGAAAUGUUUUAUCAAUGACUCACUAA